GUCUCACUCUGGGUGUUGAGGACAGCAGACCAGCAGUUCUGGUCUUUCAGUCGCUGCUGCUGAGCAGGCUUGAGUUUGGCAAGGUCACCAUACUACAGCAUGACAAAUUUGGCCGCUUAUAUUUAGCUGUGUACACGACGCCCGUGGAUUAUGCCUUGGGUCUCUCGGGUUUCGUCUUCAAGUGACUGGUGGGAGUGAGUGCUUGUGAGGCGGGUGACUUGCAGCAGCUCCUCAGGUGUUUUGAAGUCAGGCACUGAGGCAAGUGGUCCGAGGGCAUCAUGGAUGCCCUGGCGCUAGAGGCGAAGGGCAACAAGGCUGAUGCCCCAGCUGCUGCCCCUACCAAAAGACCAAAGCAACCGAAAAAAGCUAAAAGAAUCGUUUACUUUGAGUUGGAAAUAUUGCAUGCAAAGACAAAGGAAAAACUCCUCCUCCUGGACAAGGUGGAGCCCACUUCAACCAUUCUGGAUAUUAAGUCCAUGUUCCACAAAUCAAAUCCACAGUGGUAUCCUGCUAGACAAUCAUUAUGCUUAGAUCCAAAGGGGAGGUCGCUCAAGGAUGAAGACAUCCUUCAGACUCUUCCUGUUGGAACUACGGCUACUUUCUACUUCAGGGACCUUGGGGCUCAGCUCAGCUGGGGAACAGUGUUUCUGGCAGAGUGCGUUGGACCCCUUGUCAUCUAUCUGUUGUUCUACUUCCGGCUCCCCUUCAUUUAUGCCCCUAGAUAUGACUUCACCACCCCUAAACAAUGGGUUGUACACCUUGCCUGCAUAUGCCACUCCUUCCACUAUGUCAAACGGAUCCUGGAGACCAUGUUCGUGCACCGGUUCUCCACAGGCACAAUGCCCCUCCGCAACAUAUUCAAGAAUUGCUCCUAUUACUGGUUCUUUGCAGCAUGGAUGGCAUAUUACAUUAACCAUCCUCUGUACACUCCACCAAUGUAUGGGGAGCAACAAGUAAAGACUGCUCUUAUGAUAUUUCUGUUCUGUCAGUUAGGAAAUUUCUCCAUCCAUAUUGCCUUACGCAACCUCAAGCAACCUGGUUCAAAGGUGAAGAAGAUCCCUUAUCCAUCUAAGAAUCCUUUCACAUGGAUCUUCUGGGUGGUUUCCUGUCCAAAUUACACUUACGAGUGUGGCUCCUGGGUGGGCUUCACAGUGAUGACCCAGUGUGUGCCCGUGGCCUUCUUCACCAUCGUGGGCUUCAUCCAGAUGGCGAUAUGGGCACGGGGCAAGCACCGCAGCUACCUAAAGGAGUUCCCGCACUACCCCACCCUCCGCUCCUCCAUCCUGCCCUUCAUCCUGUAGGGCACGCCAGACACCCUGAUGGACCCUGGGGACUCAGCAGUCCUGAGUAAGAGGGAGAGAGGAGGGGGGGGGGGGUUACCCCCAUCACCUCUCCAUCUGCUCAUGUCAGCAGAUGUUUACCACAGCAUCUAGUGAACAGUUUAGACUCUGAGCAAUGAAAUGCUCUUGAUGGACGUUGAAGUGAUACUAGACGAGGAAAGUGAUUCAUGAAUUACAUUGCCUGUGUCAAAUAAAUCUAUUUGUAGCCUGAAA